AUAGUCCGUUAGCGAAGGACAUAUCCAAGACCCCCGAGCGAGUUCAUCUUUCGUUUCGCUGACCGCCCCUCUCAAGCCAAAUCCCAGCAUCAAGAUUCGAACUUCAUUUCUCUGAAUAUCAAGAAAACGUAACUUUAAUUUCUGCAAUUUUUACCACCCAAAUAUUGCUGAUGAAAUUCCCGUAAACGAAAUGACAAUUGCUGCGAUUUUCCCAAAUCGCCUUUCACUCAUUCUGGUUCUUCUUCCACUAAUCUUCACCACCAUCUUCCGUUCGGCCAAUGCAACAUGCCAGCUCAGUUUUGAACAGAAUAAUAAGCUCUAUAAUUACAGCUUAACAGCCCCAAUUCGUAAUUUCCCUCAUGGCAUCCUCAGUGAAGAUGGGUUCUACAAGGUGGCUGUUAAUGGGACUGUGCUAUGGUUUCAGCUUUGUGAUGCAAUGAUUUUCAACCAUGAUCCUCCUACCUGUAUUGACUGUAGGGACUGUGGUGGUAAUUCUCGUUGUGGAAUGGGUUGUAGUGCGCUUGUGGCUAACAUUAUUGGAGGUUAUCCCGUGUGCACUACUCUUGGAUAUUCAUCAAGCACGUUCUUUGAACUCAUUGAUAAAAAGGAUCCACUCAAAGGCAUCACAGCUAAAAUGUCUUACAGAGGGCCGAAGCUCAACUGUUCACUUGCUGUGUCAAUAGUAUGUGAUACAAAUGGAGUUCAAGGUCCUCGGACACUUGAAUUAGUUGGGACUUGUGCUUAUGCUACAGAAAUACAUCACCCCUCCGGCUGCGCAGUGAUUAUAUCCUCUCACGGGCAAGGAAUGGGCUGGUUUGGUACCAUGAUGAUCAUAAUCCUAUGCCUCUUUGGAAUUUACUUGCUGGGUGGUGCAGCCUAUCGGUACUUCUCUUUGGGCAUUCGUGGGAUAGACAUAAUUCCAAACUUGGAAUUCUGGGCGAGCUUGCCACAUACGUUACAGAGUAUGUUUUUAUCGUUAGUGCGGAGAUUUAGAGGACCUUCUCAUGGUCACAGGAGUACGUAUUCUCCUGUCAAUUUUUGAGCAAUUACAUGUUAACUACUAAAAUGAUCGGACAAAUCAAUUUUUGACAUGGAUCGACAAUUGACACUUUCAAGUUGUUACUUCAAGAAAAUCAGAUCCUCGUGCUCCUCUCCUGUAAGACUAAAAUUGGACAUCUUACAACUGGGCACUUUCUCAUGGAUGUCACUUCAAUUGUUUGUAAUUUCUUUGACUAGUCUGUCAUUUUUGUGCUAGUGUCUUUCUUCUUCUUUUUCCUUUCCCAGUGUCAUUUUGUUCUAGUUAACAGCAUUCUUUCUAGGCUGUUGGUGCUUCUAUGAUGAAUAGGAUUUGGAUCUGAACUUCAUUGUGCCCAUAAUUUUCUUAGACAGAAGGGAUUUCACCAAUUUGUCGCAA